CCUCUCUUUCAAGAAUACAAGCGUCAACAAUGCUAUAACAGUGCUGCUCUUCCUCUCAUCCUCCCACCAUGACUGCUGUGGCGACUUCUCGAGAAACAUCUAUUCUCCGCCAGAUAUUUGAUUCGGCGAACUCUAUUCAACUACCAAAGUAUCCUGCUGCUGCAGAAGUUCCGGAUGUGAUCUACGAGCUUUCCCUACCGCCAUCUAUGGCAGAGAAACUGCAGGAUAUGGGACUCAACUCUUCUCAGGCGGCAAACCUGGACUCCCGUUUCCAGUCAAAAUCAAAUAUACUCCGCAGGUCAUCCGAGCAAGCGUUGCGAAAUGCUUGUCGUGAUAUUGCUGCGGUUCCUCGGGAAACUUCCAUGCUUCCCUUAUCUCAAUUGCUCGCUGCACUAGUCAGGGCGCACACGGACAGCUAUAUGAAAGCUAUCGCGCGUCUUCGACAAGGAACGAUAUCCGUCGCGCUCCAUGCAUUGAGUAGAAGAGGGACUACCCCCCAAACACCUUCCUCUGUAGAAAGUGGGAAGAGGCUAGAAACAUCUUCACCUCAAGACCGCAAAGUGUCACCUAAAUUCAACCACGAAUUCACGCCGUACCUUCAACAACACUUUGCCCACAACGCCUUUCCCUCGCUUGCCGAGCGCGCGGAAAUGGCGCGCAAGUCCGGGAUGGAGGCGCGGCAGAUCGAAGUCUGGUUCCAGAACCACCGCCGACGGGCGAGACAAGAAGGACAGACGCUGCGGCGGGUGCAACCGUCGUCUCGGGGGCUGUCGCCGACUGAGCUGGACGAGAAGAUGGAUCCGGCGUUCGUCAUCCCGGAGGAGCGGAGGCUCGAGAUCGACGACGAAGCGGAGGAGGUCGGCACAUCGAGCGAUGAGGAGACCGACUCGUCCGUGUCGAGUCCGGCCGCUUCCCACGCAGGAAUGGAACACAAUCCGCUCGAGAUGGUAGUGUCGACGCCCGGCCUUGCCCCGCGCCGGACGUACGAAACGAUGGACGAGAUCGCCAGCUCAGGCCGCACGUGGUCGUUCGCCCCGCCGACCUGGGCAGUGCGCGCCCCUGCACCGGAACGCAGCGCGCCGCCCAGCAUCGCCACGCUGACAGCUGCGUUCGCGCGCCUGACGGUGUGGGACGUCGGCCGCAGUGCGGGCGCGCGGUUCUGCCUCCCCACGGCGUAUACUCCCCCACGCGCGCCGCUGCCGGCGUUCGUCCGCGCGGCGAACAAGUUUGCGCCGCACCCCGUGCAGUCGUGCGUCGCGCGGACGACAGAGUGCUGCGUUGCGGCUGCUGGACCCCGGGCGACGGGGACGAGGACGGGGACUACGAAGAGUAAGAAGAGCAAGAAGGUGUCGGGGCCGCCGCGGCGGACGCCGACGCGCAGCAGCCGUAGCGCGAGUCCCGCGUGGUCGGAGCGAUCCGAGUCGGGGUACUCCUCGUCGGCGUCGCGCACGCCGUCGCUCAGCGUGUCGCGCCGGUCGUCGUCGUCCGAUUUGUCGUCGAUGCCUGGGACACCCCCGAGCGGGCCGCUGCCACUGCCGUUUUCGUUCAGGUUUGGGGGCACGGAGAAGGCGUGAUGGGCCGGGGCUUCCGGCCGGCGUGCCUUGCUUCCCUCCCUCUGCCGAACAUCCGGCGUGCCCGUUCUCUGGGGCUGCGCGUCCGGCCUGGUCGCGAACCGAGCGGCGCGUGCUCGUUAUCGAGUGGCGCUGCGCGACCCGAUGCCCAUGCGGCGCUCAGUCUCACUUAUGCUUAUACCCUGUACAUACCACACCAACACCAACACAUCAUCAUGUAUUAUGCCCUAUGUAUCCCGUACCUCUGUAGCUUAGCAACCCAUGCCCAUUUGGUGUCCCAGCCCAGAUUGCGUCAGGCGCGCCGCGACGCCUGGUGGCCGGAUCAGGCAGGUGGCGCUGCGGACGCACGUCGCGCGUUCUGCAAACGCUGUGCGAGUGGACCGGCGUCAAUCGAUCUACGCGACGGCCGCUUCGCGUAGAGCGCGCCUGCCCGGGUCGUGUGGCGGGGGCGUGCAGGCGCG